AUGAUUCCGACGUUGUCACUCAUCGUUGGCAUUCUGGUUGCCGCGCCAUGGAGUAUCACGGCGCAAGAGUACCCUAUCAUUGGAGUGAGAUCCGGUAUCAACAUGCGGACUGGCGAAAUGCCUAUCCGAAGGAAUAUCAACAACAUAUAUGGAGAAGCAGGACCACAAUGGGACUUAUACGUUGGAGCCCUCGCAGCCAUGCAGGAUGCGAAUGAGACCGAUCCCACAUCGUUUUUUCAAGUCGCUGGAAUUCACGGACAGCCGUACAUGGCCUGGGCGGGAGGAGGACCACAAACUGGGGCGGACGCCGGAUAUUGCCCGCAUAACCAAGAACUGUUUGGCACUUGGCAUCGCGGAUAUCUCUCGCUUUACGAGCAAGUGCUGGUCCGCUACGCCAAGCGUAUUGCGACGUCUUAUCCGGAACCUCAUAAGCGAGCAUACGUUGAAGCCGCAGAGAGUUUGCGCGUUGCGUAUUGGGACUGGGCGGCGGACUCCCAGGUCCCGCCCAUGACGGCGUUGCCGACACUUGUCAUCAAGAAGCCUGUGGGCGGCGCCUUGCAGUCAGUUGCGGUGCGCAACCCGUUUUACCGAUAUAAUUAUCCGAAGACGGCUCUUGAUGGCAGUUUUGGCAGCUUUGAUGGACAGAAUUACACGAAACGCUGUGUUGGGGAUGGUGAGAGUUAUCCCGAUACGGCAAAUGCGAAGCUUACGGGGUACAACUUGAAGGAAAAAGUGUACAAUGUCUUUGUGAAAGCCACCUCCUUCGACGAGAUGGUCACGGCCCAGAAUGAAGGCGCCAACUUUGAAGGACCUCAUGGAGAAGUUCAUGUCGGGGCCGCAUGCGGCCAGGAUCUUCUUCAUCUAUCAACCUCGGCUUUCGAACCUCUAUUCUGGCUUCAUCAUGCUAACGUAGAUCGCCUCAUCGCCUUCUGGCAAGCCCUUCACUUUGAGAAUGCCACAAUGCAUUUCUCUUACGCCUCAUCCCAAAUGUUCGCCACACCAUCUGGGACCACCGUCACCCCGCAGUACCCCUUGUGGCCAUUUGUAGGAUCGGGCGGUGGUCCGCUUACCAGCGAAUCGGUGACCCAUGUCCGCGAUUGGGGGUACACGUAUGCGCCGAUGAGGUUCUGGGACCAGACGCCAGGAGACAUCAAGAUGGCAGUAAGCAGGACGGUGAAUAGCUUGUACGGUCCCCAGGAGCAGCAGUCCUCCUCCAUGAGAACCAGGCGGCGCAAAAUGGCUCCGAGAAGGGAGUACGUCGCCAAAGUCGAGGUUGAGAGAAGCGAACUGGAGUUGCCUUGCCAAGUACAGCUCUUUCUGAAAGGCUCUAUGGCCGGAUCUUUCACGUUACUGGAUAUGCCUAGGCAAGGAAAGAGUUAUGACGAGAUUCCUCUGACCCGAGGUAUCGAGGCUGCUGGCUUGCGUGAUCUUUCGGUAAGUGGGGUUCUUGGAGGGAUUGAGGACGGGCUGGAAGUGGUCAUUAGCAAGCUGGAUGGUACAAUAACGCCUCUGGAUAGCGUCCCCAGCUUGAAGAUUGAAGUUGAAGACCAAGAGAUCGUCCCAUCGGACACCGUGGACCAACUCCCGACACUGGGUACCACGCGGAGUCGGCCCGCAAUGCUACGACCUCUGUCAGAUGACUACUAG